CCUGCCCGGGACGCGGCGGAGCGGAGCCGAGCGGAGCGGAGCCGAGCGGAGCCAUGACUCACCAGACCGGCAUCCACGCCCAUUUCUCCAGUCUCCUGAGAGAACGCUGAGUUUUUCUCCAGUGCACACUUGCACCUCCUGUAGCUUCCCACCUUACAGCUGCAGGAAGCACUGCUGCAGCUGCCAGAAGUGUUCAUGGAGAUGUGGAUAAAGCUGCACCCACCCCAGGUGCCCAGGACACUGCUCCAUCCCAGCUCUGGUCCCUCCCUGAGUGAGUUACCCAUGCAGUGCUGUGUCUGUGCCAUGGAGGCUCAGCUCCCCUGUGUUCCCAAGCUGGCAUCUGACACUUGGAGACCCUUAGAAGCUGAGCUGAGAGCCCUGAAGCCCACAGGGGUCUGGCUGUGCUGGAGGAAGCAUGAGGGAUCUCAUGCAUCUUGGCCUCAGCAGAUCCACACUGGCUGUAGCCCAGCUUGGAUUUGUUUCUGGAUUGUUUGUUCCAGGAUUUUCCAGGAGCCCAUGUCUGGAGGCCACCACAGAGUUGAGGGACUUUUUUGCCAAAGCCCGAAAUGGUUCAGUCCGGCUCAUCAAGGUCAUCAUUGAGGACGAGCAGCUCGUGCUGGGAGCCCACAAGGAGCUGUCCCGGCGCUGGGACACCGACUAUGACACCCUGGUGCUGCCCCUGCUGGAUGAGCAGCAGCCCUGCUACGUCCUGUACCGCCUGGACAGCCAGAACGCCCAGGGCUACGAGUGGCUCUUCAUCUCCUGGUCCCCAGACAGCUCCCCGGUCCGGCUGAAGAUGCUCUAUGCUGCCACCAGAGCCACGGUGAAGAAGGAGUUUGGCGGGGGGCACAUAAAGGACGAGAUGUUUGGCACAGUGAAGGAGGACGUGUCCCUGAGUGGGUACCAGAAGCACGUGUCCUCCUGCUCUGCCCCCGCCCCGCUGACCGCAGCCGAGCAGGAGCUGCAGCAGAUCCGCAUCAACGAGGUGAAGACGGAGAUCAGCGUGGAGAGCAAGCACCAGACGCUGCAGGGCCUGGCCUUCCCCCUGCAGCUGGACGCCCAGCAAGCCAUCCAGGCUCUCAAGCAGAAGAAAAUCAACUACAUCCAGCUGAAGCUGGAUCUGGAGCGGGAGACCAUCGACCUGGUGCACACGAGCCCCACGGAGAUCUCUGAUCUGCCCAAGAGGAUCCCCCAGGACUCUGCUCGCUACCAUUUCUUCCUGUACAAGCACUCACACGAGGGAGAUUACCUGGAGUCUGUUGUCUUUAUCUACUCCAUGCCCGGGUACAAGUGCAGCAUCAAGGAGCGCAUGCUCUACUCCAGCUGCAAGAGCCGGUUGCUGGACACGGUGGAGCAAGAGUUCUGCUUGGAGAUAGCCAAGAAGAUCGAGAUUGAUGACGGGGCGGAGCUGACGGCGGAGUUCCUGUACGAGGAGGUGCACCCCAAGCAGCACGCCUUCAAGCAGGCCUUCGCCAAGCCCCGGGGGCCCGUGGGCAAGCGGGGACAGAAGCGGCUGAUCAAGGGCCCGGGCGAGAACGGCGAGGACAGCUAGAUCCCCGGGCAGGGCACGGACACCAUCCAUCCCUGCGGCGCUUCCCGCCCUCCUUCCGCUGACCUGGGGAGCUUUCCCUCCAUCUCAGCUCUUCUUUGGUUUUUUUACCUUUUUUUUUUUUUUUUUUUCCUGUUUCAUUCCUUUUUUAAACAUCUGGAUGGCUUGUUGCACCUGGGGCAGGGCGCUUGGGAGGGUUCAGGGUGGGUUGUCGCUGGUUCUGUUCCUCGUGUCCUUGUGCGAGCCCCGGGGCAGCAGAGCCGUGUCCCCAGCCUUGCUCCUGUCCCCCUCAGGGUCACAGCCACUGCCCUCCGUGUCCCCUGGGUGACUGAAGGACACACUCACCUGAAAGCUGCUCUAUGCAAAGGGAAGGGGGUUGGGGAUUCCUGUUUGAAAAGAGAAAAUGCUUCUUUCCCUGCCCGCCCCCAGCCUCCAGACUCUGUUCCCCUGUCCCACUCUAGGUGUGCACGGCCCCUCUGCCCCAGGCUGGAGUGAUCCCACACCCCCUCCGGGUGUGGGCAGGACCCCCUGUGGGGUGGGCUUUGCCUCCUGUGGGAUGGGGGCUUCUCCAUGCAGAGCCAGGCAGCGGGAGGUGGAAGUUCCCCACUGAGUCCUGAGCUCAGCCUGGACCUGGAGAAAGGUGACUCUGCCUUUGGGUGAUGUUUGCUUCUCCUUUUUGAACUGCUCCAGUAAGGUUUUCCCCCUCAGAAGGAGCUGCUACAACCCUGACUCAGCCCUGUCCCUGUUUAGGAUGGGAUCUGGGGGGUUCCUGAGCCCUGGUCCCCCAUCUCCAUUCCCCAGCCCUCACCAUUUCCUUACCCCCAGCUUCUCAGCUGGGUCUGUGGGCUGGGGCAGCCCCAUGUCUCAGUAAUCACAUGGGCUACUCCAGACCCUUGUGUGGGGGAGCAUGACAGCCCCUGUGUGCCCUGGGGGUGUCCCCAGCCACCAAGGGCCAUCAUCAGCUCCACGCUCUGAGCCUGGCACUGUGAUUUGGGCUGCACUGGGGGCUUGGGGGGAGAGCACCUUGCUGCUGGGUACCAGCGAGGGCUUGAGAGCCACCUGCCUCCCUAAGAGGAUGGCAAAGGGGCCAGUGAAACCUGCCCUCUGCUUUCCAGCUGUGGCAGUGAACGUCCAGAUGUUGCCUCGGUGGAGUCAGGGGGUUGAAGCUGGGAGGAGCAGAGCACACUGUACUGAACGCUGUAUUUUCUAAAGAAUAAAGUAUUUUUAAAACA